CAAAAACAUUUUAAAUCCGAUUUACCAUAAUUCAAAUAACCUAGUAGCUUGUAAUAUUGUACUACAAUACUUUUUUUCUACACUCGUAGUUUAACCACACGUGCACUUGAUUUUUUUUUGCUCAUUAUGUAUACGUGUUAAAAUUUUAGUGGUUAGUUUGGUUUGAAAUAAUAAAACUGAAUUCAUUAAAAUGUUUUAUCUAUUCAAUCCCCAUAGCAAUUGGUUUGGACAACUUAUUAUGGUUACAUUGUACUUGACAUUUGUAAAUAUUGUUUAUUUUGUUAAAAAUUAUUUGAAUUUUUGAUUCUAGAUGUAUUUAAAUAUAUUCAUAUUUUUAUAGGUAAUAGCGUUAUUGGUUAUCAGUUGGACAGCAUACAAACACUUUUCUCCUUAUGCACACCAUCCUAGGGACUAUGAAGAAUGGUACUUCUUCAAUGAAUAUGGUAGACAAGUUAAAUUUCCUAGCUGGUCAGAUGAAGCUACUCUGGAUUUGUCAAUAAUAGUACCAGCGUACAAUGAACAAUACAGAUGUAAGUCUAGUGUUAAAGUAUUUAACUGAAUACAGUUACUAUCAAUGUAUUAUUAUUAUUCUCAAAUUUUUAUAUUUAGUAAGACCUAUGCUGAAUUCGUGUUUGCACUGGUUAUUCAAAGUAAAAAAGUCUUCAUUUGAAGUAAUUGUUGUCAGUGAUGGUAGUACUGAUAGAACACGUGAAAUUGUCAUGGAAUAUGUACAAGUAUAUGGUGCAGAACAGAUACGUCUAUUAGAAUUAAACAAGAAUCGUGGAAAAGGUGGGGCUGUUUGCUUGGUAAGUAAUGAAACUAAUGAAUCCUGUUAAAAAAUAAUAUUUCCAAAUUAUUUCUUCCGUAGGGAAUGGAAAAUGCACGAGGGCGUAAAUUAUUGUUUGCUGAUGCUGAUGGUGCUACACAAUUUAAAGAUUUAGAGAAAUUGGAAACCGAAUUACAAUUAUUACUAAAAAGUAACAAUUUAAAAUAAUUAUAUAUUAUAAUAAACUUAAAAUUUAAAAAAAAAACCAUAAAUAGUAUGUAUACUUAGUUUGAAACUACAAAUUUUAAUCAAUAAAUUGAUUACUACAAUUCAUACAAUUUUAACAUUUAAUGUGUCUAGAAACAGGCUUUAUUAAUCAAUAGAUGAUACAGUGAAACUUUCAUUUUACAAAAUAUUCUGUUUAAUGAAAUAUAUUCAAGACCUUUGACAAAGCCUAUGACCUUUAUGUUAAUUAUAUAUAAAUGUAUCUUUGAAUAAUAAAAUUGACAUUUUUAUAUAAUGAAUAAAUUAUUUGAUAACAAACCUAUUUUUCAUAAUGUUAUCACUAUCAAAUGUUAAAUAUUAUUCUAAAAUGUUAUUGUAUUUCACAAAAACAAGACACCAACGGUUCAAAAUUUAAGUAAUUUUACCUGUAGUACUGCAGUUUUAAUAUUGAUAUGAACAUAUACACUCAAAUUUUCUCUCAUUUAUUCAAAUAGGCUUAAAAUAAGUUUAAAAAAUGUGUAUAAUAUAUAUUUUUUUUAACACAAUAUAAAAGUAGGUACAUGCAAUGUCAUAAAAUAAAAAAUAUAUGUAAUUUUUAUUUAAUGAAUUCCCCAUAUUACAAUUUUUUUUUUUUUUUUUUGGCUCAUUAAAUUUCGUUAUUUUGAAGUUUCACUGUAUUAAUAAAUAAAAAAAAAAUGAUACGAACAUAAAAUUCGUACAAUUUUGCUAACAAAAAACAGAUUCUGAUUGGAAUUCGAUUAUAUAUGUUUUAAAAGGCUGUAAUAUUUACAAUUUGAAAAUAACACAUUUCUACGUUCUAGUUUUCUCCCAUGUAUUAAAACCCAUAGGAAAAUCAAAAAAUAGCCUCUUUAAAAAACUAUCCCAGUUAAAUUUCCUUUCAGAAAAACUACUACAUUUGAAAAUCUGAGUCAAAUUGUUGAAAGAAAAGUUGUCCACAGAAAAAAAAACAUUGUAAAACCAAUACAUUCCUGCCCUGCUCAGAAUCUAAAAUAGAUAUCAUGUAUACAUACUAUAUAUCACAGAUUCUUAACCUUUUCUGGGCCAUGGACCCCUUUGAAAUAUAAAAUAUAAUCACACCAAAAAAAAAAAAAAAAAUAUAAUAUGUAUAUUAAUUAUUUUUUAAUAAUAAAUUUAAGACUUAAUACUAUAUUAAAUUAUUGUGAAUAAUCACUUUUUCUUAUAGUCAAAAACAAGUUUUAAUGUGACAUUUGCUAUUGUUUUAAAUGCAAUAUUGCCUUGAAAUCUGGAACUAUAUUGGACAGAGUAAUGCAUAUCGCCAUUAAUAUCCAAUUGAUUUUUUUUUUUUUAGUUUUAAUUGUGACCAUUGUAGAAAAUCAAUAGUAAUAAAUAUAAUCAUAAAUGUCAUUGCCCUGGAUAUAGCUUGCGGAUAAGCCUUUGUCCACAAACACCCAAAUUCAAUUAGAUUAUUUGUUUGAAAAACGUGAUGUGUCAUUUCUUUUGAUUUUAAAUCUAUAAAUUCGUCUUUAACAAGGUCUGAAUUAUUAAGUGUAUUUAAGUCCACGAGAAAAAGAUUGUGUACCCAUAUUUCUGAUUUUGAAAAUGUAGAAUCCAAAUAAUUGCCAAAUGAAUUUUCAAGCACAUCAUAUGUUUACAAAUUUGCGUUUUUAUAAAACGGGACAAAGCAGUAUCAUUCUUUGAAACCUCGUUCAAGUGUUGGAAAUUUUGGUAAAUUUUCUGAUUGAAGUCUUCUUUUCCAAGGAAAAUUUUAUUUACAAAUGCAUUUAUUUUUUCGGACGUGUCCAUAAUUGUUACUUCUUAUCCUUGAAUCAAUAUACUUCGUUCAAAGAUUAGGCUUGAAAAUUUAUCUUAAAUGUUUAUAAGUUAUACUUUGUGAUCAAAAAAAAAAUUACUUCAAUGUAGAAUUUUUUUAAAAAUAUUAUGUUCCUACUACUAAUGUACACUUCCACACAAUUUUCAAUAAAAAAUUUUAAUUAAAAAAUUAUUUUCCUUACUUUUUACCAGAAGCUAAUGUGAACCAUAAUGAUGAUAAUGAUGUUGAUAAUGAUGAUGAUAAUGAUGAUGAUAAUGAUGACGAUGAUGAUGAUAAAUUGGAUAAUAAUAGUGAUGAUAUAUGUGCUGUAGUAUGUGGUUCACGUGCUCAUUUAGAAACUGAAGCUAAAGCUCAAAGAAGUGCAUUUCGUACACUAUUGAUGAUUGGAUUUCAUAUACAUGUUUGGAUGUUCGGUGUAAGAUCUAUUAAAGACACACAGUGUGGUUUUAAAUUAUUCACUAGGUCUGCAGCUAGAAUCUUGUUUCCAAAUUUACAUGUUGGUCGAUGGUAAUUAUAUCUAAUAUUUAUACUUUUUUAAAAAAUAUAUAUAUACAAUUUGUAUGUACCUAAUAUUUUUUUGGGCUUUACCCAGGGCAUUUGAUGUAGAAUUAUUGUACAUUGCUGAAAAAUUAAAUAUGAAAUUAGCUGAAGUGGCAGUUAAUUGGAAAGAAAUUGAAGGUAAUUAUAUUAUUUAUUUACAGACAUUUUUAUUUUUGAAAUUGAACAAUUUAAUUAUUAUAGGUUCUAAAAUAGUUCCUGUGUGGAGUUGGCUUCAAAUGGGUAUUGAUGUAUUUUCAAUAUGGAUUAAAUACCGUACAGGAUUAUGGAAGAUUCAUGAAAAAAUAGAUUAAUUUUACUUAUCGAGUACCUAUAUGAAAAUAUUAUUUUAAGUUAUUUCUUAAAUUUUUUGGGUUAAUAAUAUACAUAAUUUUAUGUAUUUGGUUAUUUGGUUAGAUCACUUAUUGUAAAUUAUGUGUAAAAUAAAACUAUGACAGUUAUAUAGUUUUUUACUUCAAGGCAUUAAUUGUGAAAUCAUUAAAACUUAAGACUUUUAAAAGUGGAUUAUUAUAAAAUUAUAUUAUAACUUAUUAAUAGGGCUCAGAGGAAUAGAAAUUGAAAAGCCUUAUAAAUUGAUUUCAUCAUUAAUGUUAAAAUAAAUAAAAAAAUAAAAAAUUGCAAUAUAAUAUUUUUAAACCGAAAUUUUACCAGUUUUUAAUUAAGUGGAUUGCAUAUGUGAAUUAUUUUAUUAAAUCGGUUUUAAGUAAUAUUAAUGUGAUAGUGAUAAUACCCUAUUUAUUUGUAAUAAAAACUGACAUUUGAAUGUACCUAAAAUAAACUUAUUCUCCUGUGACAAUUAACAAAACAAAACAAAUAUAAAAUUAAUAGAUAUCAAAUACACUUUAACAAAAUACUCAAUGACACUGAACCAUAAUUCUAUAAUCUGAAAUCCCCCCCCUCCAACAGUUUAUUAUUGUAAAAUUAUCUAAUCUGUGGUUGUAUUUUGUUAUUUUCUCAACAUUUAAAAAUACCUCAAUUUCAGUAAAAUAAUUACCACAGCAUCAUCUUAUUAAAUGGCAAUAAUAAACUAAAUUAUAUAAAUAAUAUUACAAAAUAUUAAAAAUUGAAUUAUUAAUAAGGAUAGUAAAAGAUACAAAUGAUUGCACUGUACAUUUUUAUAUAUGAAUUCACACUUGCAUUAAACUAUUAUUAAACCUACUUAGCAACAAAUUUGAACAUCAGGGAAAAAAAAGUUUUAAGUACAAUAACAUCUGAGCCCUAUUUAUCACCAAGGUUCAGAACAUUCAAUACUAAAUCGACUUUAAAAAUGUUAUCACGGAAAUCUGUAAAAAUUAUUAGUCUUUUUUUAAUUGAACUAUAAUAUUUAUAUAAGAAUUUGCCAGUAAAUCAAUGAAAGAUUUUUUAUAAAAUUAUGCAACAAAGAAUUUUAAAUUCAAUUUCAAUGUAGCUAUUAUGUAACAAAUUUGUAUUAAAAAUAAAUAAACUUAUGUAUUUUCAAAACAAAUUUUUAAACACUUAAAGUUCUGAAUCUUGCUAGUAAGUAAUGAUUCUGAAAAUUAUUAGUAAGUUAACUUAUGUUAAUGGUUUAUUAUUGAAAUAAGUUCCUUUUGUGUGAAUAAUUAUGUUCUAAUAUAAUUAAACUUAGAGCGUAAACAAUUUAUUUAAAACUAUACAGUUUAAAAAUAAAAUUUAUAAUUAUUUAAAAUACUUUUUAGUGGUAUUUUAAUUUUAAUUGGGGAUUCAAACUUUGUUACAUUUUAUAUGUUUAUAUAAAUAAUGAAUUGUUUGUAUACUUAAAAAAAAAACAAAUAAUAGCAAUAAAUUUUCACUAAAUUAUAUGAGGUAACAAUAGUAAUAAAGUAAUAAUCUUGUAAUUUUAUAAAUUUAAUUAAGCUUUAGUCUCACUUGUGUUAAAAAAAAUUGUACUCAAUGAUAAUGAAUAAUAAUACUAUUAAAUACCACAAUUUGUUCAAUUACCACUUUACUGAUAUUUGUGCAAAAUAUUAUUAUUGUAAUAUAAUAUAUUAAUGUAAACAUACAAUCAUUUUUUUUUUUUUGGUUAUUUAUAUUUUACAGUAAUUUGUAUAUUUCAUUUAUAUAAAUUUUAUCAUUGUGUGGUUAAAGUAUAUUGUAUAAAAUGUAAAAUUGCAAGGUUUUGUAUAGCAUAAUUUUAUCAAUAAGUUGCUACCCUACAUAAUAAUUUAAGACUGCUUUUAAACACAAUCAGUUUCUUCCACAGUUGUACAAAAAAUUAUAAAUCGAUUAUAUAUUUCUACAUAACCUAAUAAACAAAAUGGA